UGUUUGGUAACAAUGCUACCCCGGAGGCUGGAUGUUACCGGGUGCAGUAUAUGUGCAGGUUGAAGCUCUCUGUGUAGCUAGUGCGCGGGCAUCUGGGCUCAGUAUGGACGGGUUAGUGAUGGGGAUGUCGGCAUGGAAUGAAUACAUGCUGGGCUCUGAUGUACCCCCCUUGUCGGUGCUGCUCUCCUACACUUUCCUGUUCCUGGUUCUGUGCUGGCUGAUCAGUUCUCUUUGGACUUAUUACCAGAUCAUCACCAGGAACACACUGCCCGGCCCGACCCCCUUACCCUUUGUGGGCAACUUUGGCUUCAUGCUGUUGCCCGGGUGUCUGCUUCAGCUGCUGCAGUUUGGCAUGGACAGUACUAAGCUCAGGAAGGCGCCAGCUGGAACCACAAGGACGGGGACGUUACUUUACCCUCACAUCAUCCUCACUAACAUGGCUAAACUGUACGGGAAGAUCUAUGGCUUGUACAUCGGCAGCCGCCUCAUUGUCAUACUCAACGACUUCGAGACUGUCAAAGAUGCCAUGGUCAAUCACUCCGAGGUGUUCUCUGACCGGCCCAGCGUGCCCCUGGUCACCAUCAUCACCAAGAGGAAAGGUGUUAUUUUUGCAAAAUACGGCCCAAUAUGGAGACAGCAGAGACGAUUUUCUCAUUCUACCCUAAGGCACUUUGGGCUGGGAAAACUUAGUCUGGAGCCCAAAAUCAUUGAAGAGUUUAAAUAUGUGAAAGCAGAAAUGCUGAAGUUCGGCGAUAAAGCCUUCAGCCCCUUCAAGAUUGUCAAUAAUGCAGUUUCCAAUAUCAUCUGUUCCAUAAGUUUUGGCAAACGUUUUCACUAUGAGGACGAGGAGUUCCAGAACAUGCUGAGGAUGAUGUCCCGUGCACUUGAAAUCAGUGUGAAUAGUGAAGCCGUCAUGACCAAUGUGAGCUCUUGGAUGUACUAUUUGCCGUUUGGUCCUUUCAAAGAGCUAAGGCAAAUUGUCAUAGAUAUCACAACUUUCCUUAAAAGGAUUAUUGAGGAACAUAGGAUCGGAUUAGACCCAGAGAACCCCAGGGAUUUUAUUGACAUGUACCUCCUUCAUAUAGCUGAAGAACAGAAGAUGAAUCCUGAGACUAGUUUCAACACAGACUACUUGUUCUACAUUAUUGGUGAUCUUUUCAUUGCAGGCACGGACACCACCACAAACACCCUGCUGUGGUCUCUCUUGUAUAUGUGCCUUCAUCCAGAUGUGCAGGAGAAAGUCCAAGCAGAAAUUGAUGCAGUUGUAGGACGUGACAAGCCUCCAUCACUGAUGCAUAAGAUUCAAAUGCCAUUCACAGAGGCCACCAUUAUGGAGGUGCAGAGAAUGACGGUGGUUGUUCCUCUCUCAGUACCACACAUGGUUUCUGAACAUAUAGUGUUCCAGGGAUAUACCAUUCCUAAGGAUAGUGUGGUAUUAGCCAAUCUCUGGGCAGUACACCGCGAUCCAAGGGUUUGGGAGAAGCCAAAUGAUUUCAACCCCAGCAGAUUUUUAGAUGAACAUGGACAGGUCCUUAAAAAAGAAGCAUUUAUUCCUUUUGGAAUUGGUCGACGUGUCUGCAUGGGGGAACAGCUAGCCAAGAUGGAGCUCUUCCUGCUGUUUGUUAACAUGCUGCAGUCUUUCCGUUUUUCAUUUGCUGAUGACACUUUCCAGCCAAUGUUGGAGGGACGAUUCGGCCUGACACUUGCUCCUUACCCAUUUGAUAUCAAGAUUGUACCAAGAUAAUUAAUCUUUGAAAUCAUGAAAAUCAAACAUUUCUUGCCCAGUUUUGUAUGUGGUUUUCCUAAAGAAGUGCUGAAUCAGGCCGUCUUAAAUUGUAAUUGGCUGUGAAAGGGGUUUAUGGGUUGCGCUAAAAUGGUAGAAAUAUGAUGACCAAUGAAGAUAAUGAAAAAGCUCACUGCUUCAUCAGUAUGUUUUUACUUCAUUUAUUUUUAUUGAGUAAAAUUCAAUUGUUGUACUAUUCAGCCAACCCUGCCCAUCAAAAAGUAUUGUUUUAAUUUGGAAAUAAUUGUUUUGUAAACCCAAAAUACUGAAAUAGGGCUGGCCCUUUCUUGAUUUCACCAUUUAGAUGCAUGCAAAAUUUAUGAGGGUAACUUGUCAACAUUUUUACGUCCUAAGAAAGGAGUGGAUUCAUUUAAAACAUGCGCUAAAAAAUGUUGAUACAUUACUACAAUUACUACAGCAGUCUAAGUCACUGGAACAAGACAAUACAAAAUAGAACAAACGGUGGCGCGGCUGGGAGUUUUAGAACUGUGGAUUAAAUAUCAACACUUACAAUAAGCAGCAUAAAUUGUAAAUUCAUAAAAGAUUUUUAUUUCACUUAUUUCACUGAUAAGGAACUGUUUCCUUUGGCCAAUUCCUUAUUUAGACAGCUGUGUAGUCUGAAUCUCAUACACAGUGUACCUGUAUCUCCACGUGUUUAGCCUCCUUGUCCACUCUGCUGGCUCUGCCAGUGUUUUACAGCCAUGGUGGUGAAUGGAGGUGCGGAUGUAUUCUCUCCCCCGUGGUUGAGGUUCUCAUACCGCAAGGAAACAGUCUCGUGAAUAGUGGAAAUCACUCUCGUAUAGCCCCCUCGUAUGACGCGUUUCUCCGCCUCGUCACUCGGCGGCUUCCUCAGAUACGGAUUGGGGCUCUCUGGUGUCCUUAAAUAGCGGGCUGCUCCCACCAUUGCGGCGCCGCCACAUACCUCCGUUUCCGCAUUUUGCGUCUCAGGCCUCGUUUUGAUCUUUCCCUUAUAUAAACUCUGUCGGCCAUCUUUGUUCUUACUAUCCAAGCCUCAUUUUCAUUAACAUAUGUUUAUUUGUCUACCUUCUCAUUCCGGUGGCCAUUUUUAGUUGUAUUGAUUAGUUAACCAUUACACAUCCAAACAACUUAUAACAAACAGUUCCUUAUACUGUAUGAUAUAAAGGAUUUAAAAGUGGAAAUCCUCAAGGUGUAUAUUGCUACUUAUCUGCUAUAAAUUCCCAAAUCCGGGACAUCAGAUUAAUAAUGGGGAAAUCAUAAAGGGUGCCGGCACCUCAUUGAGAGACUAUUGUGAUUUUUUUCAUCUAUUUUUUGAGAGGAAUAUUCCUUUUAUAAUACUAUCCAAGUCUAUUUCGGAUGGCCUAUUAAGAUUAUGGGAUCAGCUAUAAGUAUGAUUUAGAUAUAUAUGGUGUACAUCAUGUUUUUCUAUAUUUUAUAUUUGAUUUUAUCAGUGAAAUAAAAAUCUUUUAUGAAUUUA